AUGAGGCGCCAGAACUGUCUUUCUCUACCUACUACCAAUGACGAAGAUAUUAUAACUACGAUUAACGAAGAUAUUUGUACAGUUGAUAAUAGUAUAAAUAAGGGGAAUUAUUUGGUGUACUCAGAAGAAAACGAUAAAAAUAUGGUUCAAUGUAUAACAUGUGAUAGCAAAAUCCAUGAGAGUGGCACAAUAUCUGUGGAGAAAGACUUGUUAUGUAAGCUUUGUAGCAGAACUAAAAAAACCGAAAACCAGCGAAGAGAAGCACAUUGUAAUUUGGAAUUACAGGCUAUAAACAUGAAAACUAGAUCAAAUAAAAAAUUCCCUCCGGCACGUGUUGGAAACACAGUAAGAGUACCAAUUUCAGAUGUUGAUCGAGGACGAGGAGAAGCUCAUAAUGUUUUGGCGUGUGUUUUGGAAGUUACGGAAGAUGGAUUUUAUCGUUUAGGAAAUAAAACAGGUGUUCUGAAACAACUUUAUGCCAGAUCCCAAUUUACAGUCUGUCAACAAAAUUUUGUGGCUUUAGAUGAAGUAAACCACGAAAAAGAAUUGGGUUUACGAUCUAUUGCCACUCAAGAAGCAACUGGAUCUGGACAAGGAUUUAUUAAAUGUUCAUGUGCGACAAGAUGUCAAAAUAACAGAUGUAAGUGUUUAAAAAAUAAAAUUCAUUGCAAUUCAAAAUGUCAUCCUAACCUACAGUGUUGUAAUAAAUAA